AAAUAAAUAAAAUCUUUCAAAAAGUAAAUUUAUGUACAUUAUUAUUUUUCACCUAGUGUUAGUGCAUAUUUAAUAGACUACAGUUUGCACUUAGGAACAAACAAAUCAGUGUCCCUAGCUUUAUUAGUAUUCAGUUGGUUGGGCUGGAACUUUACAUCCACUUUCUGGGCUGAAUUCCUGUAACUGCAUGUCUUUGAUGAGCUCAGCAUGUACUCCAUUGUUUGAAAAAAAUGUGUAAUUCAAGUCAGAGGCAUCUGAUAAAAUCAGUGAGGAAUCCAGUCACACUACUACUGCCCAGGCAGAGAUAAGACUUCUUGCUGCACGAAGCACAGAUGCACUUAAGUGUAAAAUUAGUGUAUUAUUAUUACAUUCAAUUUGCAUCGUGGGUCCUCCUGAUGCAGGAUUGAGAGCAUUAGGGACUAGAGCAACGUAUGCCAACUGCAUUACGCCUGAAGGAGAAACAUGCUCCAUGGCUUGAAUCAAAGAUCCAGCCGGCAUACCAGACACAUCUCCCAAGAAAGUAAGUCCAUCGGGCGGCUGAAGAGCGGAUUUCGUAUUCUCAGGGUAUUCUUGGGCUGUAAACCUGCAAAUCCGCUCCUGGAGUCAGCUCGGGAAAUAGCCUCCCGGCCGGCCGUGGAGUCCAGUCCCCAGCCGUGGACGUUAAAACCUACAUUACCCAGAAGGCAGGCAAGGCUGAGUCCAUACAGUCUCCCGAAAAGGCAUUUCCGUUUGAUCACCGCUGUAGGGCGGGACUUCCCUCAGUGUCCUGGCGGACAUUUCCUCUUCUCUCAGUUUCCUUAUUACCCGGUCAGGGUCUCGUGGUCACAGGAUCCAAUGGAGAAGGCGCCAGGGUGCUGCUCCCCACGGAGCUGUGAGACCAAGCACGCUGCCCCGGUGUCCGGGGUCAGCGUCGGGACAGAAACCCAAGUACCAGGGACACCCUCCUCACCUGCCGCUCCCGCCACUUUUUUGCCACAAAUUCCGAUGGCGACCAAGCUGAGGCGCCCGGCUGAGGUUGGUGUGACCUUUGAGGAUGUUGCCGUGUAUCUCUCCAGGACAGAAUGGCUCCUUCUGGAUGAGGCUCAGAGACGCCUAUACUUUGAUGUGAUGCUGGAGAACUAUACUCUUAUAUCAUCGCUGGGUUGCUGCUGUGGAGUAGAGAACUUGGAGGCACCGACAGAACAGAAUAUUACUGUAAGAGUCUCAAAGGCUAUGAAUCUGAAGUCAACACUGUCUUCCCAGGAGAGCCACCCCUGUGAGAGUUGUGGGUGUGUCUUGAGAGACAUUUUCCUUUUGGUUGACCAGCAGGGAACCCAACAGGGCUCAACACUGCUGAGGUGUGGGGCAUGUGCAAAACCAUUUUACUUCAGUGCACAGAGUCACCAGCACCAGGAGCAGGACACAGCACAAAACUGUUUCAUCAGCACUAUGGACACGGUCUCGUUACCAAAGAGCUGCAAUUUCCGCGUGUCGCGGAAUUUUUGUACCUCUAGUCAGGUUGGAAAAUGCUUCCUCAUCAGCUCCAGAUAUCCUGCACAACUGGCUGCUUACACCAAACACAGGGGGGGAAAACUCUCUAAGUCUGGAAUGAUUUGUCGCACUACAAAAUAUUACGCGCCAAGAGAAUGCAAGAAAGCUGCUGGCUGUGAUGACAUACUUGUUGAGGACCAGAGAUUCCUUACUGGAAGAAAGUGCUUUUUGUGUUCUGAAUGUGGGAAGUCCUUUACCAAAAUUUCUGCUCUCCGUGUUCAUCAGAGAGUUCACACUGGAGAAAGGCCUUAUAAAUGUGGUGAAUGUGAGAAAUCUUUCACCACUUGCACCGGUCUCCUUCAUCAUCACAGAGUUCACAGUGGAGAAAGGCCUUAUGAAUGUGUUGAAUGUGGAAAAUCUUUUACUCAGAGCUCUACCCUCCGUCGUCAUCAGAAAGUUCACACUGGAGAAAGGCCUUAUGAGUGUGUUGAAUGUGGAAAAUCUUUUACUCAGAGCUCUACCCUCCGUCGUCAUCAGAAAGUUCACACUGGAGAAAAGCCUUAUAAAUGUGAUGGAUGUAACAAAGCCUUUUCUCGUAGCUCUGACCUUCGUAAACAUCACAGAGUUCACACAGGGGAAAGGCCUUAUAGUCAUGGUGAAUAUGGUAAAUCUUUAACCAAUAGCUUUAUCCUCCAUCGUUAUCACAAAGUUCACAUUGAAGGAAGCCCUUAUAAGUGUGGUGAAUGCGGAAAAUCUUUUAACAGUAGGUCAGGUUUCCUUUAUCACGAGAAAGUUCACACUGGAGAAAGGCCUUAUAAGUGUAGUGAAUGUGGGAAAUCUUUCACUGGUUACUCUGUUCUCCGUCAUCAUCAGAAAAUUCAUACUGGAGAAAGGCCUUAUAGGUGUGGUGAAUGUGGGAAAUCUUUUACACGAAACAAUAUCCUCCGUCGUCAUCAGAAACUUCACAGUGGAGAAGGGCCAUUUAAGUGCAAUGAAUGUGGGAAAUCUUGUACCAGUAGCUCUGACCUCCACGAACAUCAGAGAAUUCACACUGGAGAAAGGCCUUAUGAGUGCGCUGAAUGUGGGAAAUCUUUUAAGCAACAACAUAAAUUUCUUUCUCAUCACAGAGUUCACACUGGAGAAAGGCAUAAAUGUGGUGAAUGUGGGAAAUCUUAUACCAGUAGUUCUGCCCUCUGUGUUCAUAAGAGAGUUCAUACUGGAGAAUUUCCUUAUAAGUGUGGUGAAUGUGGGAAGUCUUAUACCAAUAGCUCUGCCCUCCUUGUUCAUCAGAGAAUUCACACUGGAGAAAGGCCUUAUAAAUGUGGUGAAUGUAAGAAAUCUUAUAUUACUAGCUCUGCCCUCCGUGGUCACCAGAGAGUUCACACUGGAGAAAGGCCUUAUGUGUGUGGUGAAUGUGGGAAGUCUCAUGCCAGGAGCUCUGACCUCCGUAAACAUCAGAGAGUUCACACUGGAGAAAGGCCUUAUGUGUGUGGGGAAUGUGGGAAAGCUUUUAUAAGUAGUUGUAGCCUCCGGUAUCAUUACAUAGUUCAUACUGGACAAAGGCCUUAUGUGUGUGGGGAAUGUGGGAAAUCUUUUACUCAUAGCUGUAUCCUCCGUAAUCAUCAGAAAGUACACACUAGAGAAAGGCCUUACGAGUGCAGUGAACAUGGGAAAUCUUGUACUUGUAAGUCUGCCCUCCAUUUUCAUUAGUGUUCACACUGGAUAAAGUACUUAGGAGAGUAGUAAAUGGGGGAACGCUGUAUGUGUACCAGUUACCUCAAUUGUCAUCACAGAGUUCACACCAAAGAAACGCUAAUGAGUGGCGAAUGUGGGAAAUCUUUCAUCUGUUGCGUUAACUAUCAUUGUUACCAGAGAUGACACACAUGAGCAAAGUUUAAUGGCUGCAGGGAAUGUGGAAAUUGUUUUAUCAGUAAUCUUUGUUUUCCCGAAAGACUUCACAUUGAAGAAAGGCAUCAUGAAUGUAGUGAAAGUGGGAAUUCCUUUUUCUGUAGUAGUUCCCUCAGGUAGUCCCUAAGUAACCCUUCAAAAUGGCCUUAUGCCUGCAGUGAAUUUGAAAAAUGUUUUUCUUGUAUCAGUGACUUCCACUAGUAUGAUAGAGUUUAUGCUGUUGAAUUGCAACUUGAGUGAUAUAAAUAUGAGAUGUGCUUGAACUGUAGCCAUUCCCUUCAUUAUCAUUAGAGAAUUCACAAUGUCUAAGUUCCUAUAAAUUAAGGAAAUUUAGGAAAUCUUUUAUCAUCUAUCUGUUGCCUUUGUUAUCUUCUGAGAAAUUACACAGGAGAAACAUUUUUAUAUACAAGAAAUAAGAGAAUUUUUUCUAUAGCACAAUUCUCUAUUAUAUUCCCAGUUUUACUGUGCUGAAUGUCUUUGUAAGUAAAGGGAAUGUGGAAAAAUGUUUUUUUAUUGUAACUCCUUUCUUACCAGACAGUUUACAGAGGAGAUAGACCUUAUGGUAACAUGAAAUGUGGGAAAUCUUUCACCUCAUUUCCAUAAGCAUAUCAAUCGUAGUUCACACUGGUAAAGGAUUCAAGCACGAAGUGAACAUGGGAAAUCUUAGCCAUAAGUCUUUAGCCUUUUGAUGUUGAAGAGGUCUCACUUUGUAAAAGGUUAGAUUGUCAGAAAUGUUUUAUGUUUUUUUUUUCAGUGUAAUGAUACUGAAAAAUUUCUGAAAAUAUCUGAGUUUAAUUUUAUAUGCUCAGUGUGGAAAUGUCUCAGAAAUUUAAUAUUUAAAUUUUGAAGUAACUAACAAGAUAUGAUCUAAACUAAUGUUGCAUUUAUGCAUUCAUAGUUAUAUGUAUGAGGGUUACAUUCCCCCAGUCUAACAAAAUGUUAAUUUGUUUAAUUUUUAUAAUUAUAGUUCUUUUCAUAUAUUUGUCAUGUUCUUUUUAUUGUUCUAGUUCUACUUAUAUAAGGAUUGAUGAGCAUUUUUCAGGAGUGUAUGUUAUGAGGAUUUGUUUUUAGUAUAUUCUGUACUCAAAUACUUCACCUAUUGUUUUAUAAUUUAGGGCUACUCUCCUUAGAAAAUAGGAGAGUGAAACAACAAAGAUCUAUGUUGUGAUGUCACCCAUUUUCACUCCUUGAAUAACAAAUAAUUUUUGUUUCAUGGAAAAAUUGUUUUUAGUAGUGGAAAACAAAUCAAAUUAUUUGGAGCUUUUUGCUGUACAGAAUGUACAGGUACAUAUAUAUAUUUUAGAAUAAUCUGCAUUAUAACACACUUCUUUGCUUUUGUAAAUUCAGUCAUUAAUAUAAUAAUUUUUGCUUUUAGUUUUCAGCCCUUUCUGUGGUCUUUCAUCUGGGGUUUGCUGGACUCCAACAAGACUUGAAGGUGCACCAGGUGGUAUGAGGACCAACGGGUAUUUGUUGAGCCUGAAAGCUCUCCCAGAAGCCAAAGACAAGAAAACAAUGAUUAGACUCCCCAUAUCUUGGCAAUGCAACUGGGUUUAAAUCUUAGAAUAUUGAUCAUUGAUACAGUUACAGGAAAGUGAUUCACCCUUUCUCAGUCUUUUCCUGUGUAAAUAGGGAUAAAAGGCACCCUUGCUCUGGGUUGAGUGGCACAGUGGUUUGAAAGUUGUCCCACAACCCAAAAGGUCAUGUGUUCAAUUCCUGGUCAGGGCACAUGCCUGUGUUUUGGUCCAUUUCCCAAGCUAGGGGAGUGGGAGAGACAAGCAGUUAAUAUUUUUGCACUUGCAUAUACCUUUGCCUCUCUUUCUCCCUUCCUUACCCUCUCUAGUAGCCAGAGGAUAAAAUAUUUUUAAGAAAGAGCAACCUUCAUCCCUGAAUGAAAAUUUUCCAGACCUUGCAUUUUGAUCAUUAUUAUUUUUUAAAUCCUUACCGCACCAUGGGAAUUAGUAACUGUUAUUGUAUUUUUGGGAAAAAUAGGAUGGAGAAGAGGAAGGGGUUUUUCCAAGGUCACAGAGCAAGCAGUUGUCAGAUUCAAGUGGCCGGAUUUGAACAUGUGAGUCUGGCUCCAGGGCUGGGGACAAUCUACCAUAGCAUAUUAGGCCCUCAGCAUAAGGCAGGGGGACAGCAAAUGUCAGGGACAAGAGAAACUGCGCUAGCUGCUAUUUUCAUUGUUUUAAUUAUAAGUUUUCUGCAUUUUACUGGUGUCUUAGGGUGCUUAACAUCUGCAUCACAUUCUUCAUGGGAACCCUAUGGGUCGUUUCCAGUUGUCUCUCCAGGGGAAACUACUUUGAGCCUUAUCUGUGUUUUGUCUGCCUCCUUUUUGAGCUUAAUAUGCAUAGCUCAGCACUAAUGAGGCCCAAGUGAUUUUCGGCUGGGUCUUUCUGCACAUUUACUUAUCUUUUGCAUAACAGGCUAGGAUAUUAUACGCUGGUCAAUAUUAUCCACUCUGACACUUGAAGUAUUUUUUGUACAUGUUGCUGAUAGGCACUCUGCAACCUGUCCUUGAGGAUAGGUUGAUAUGAUACCUGGGAUAUAUUCAGAAGUGAUGCUGGAGACCUAUCGUAUUGUUAUCUACUUAGUGGAGUGUUCAUUUAUUCUUCAUACAGGAAACUGUCCUCUUGAUUUUGUACUCUGGGUGUCCACUCUGUGGCCCGUAGGCUGCAUGUAGCCCAGGAUGGCUGUAAAUGUGGGCCAACACAGAAUUGUAAAUUUACUUAAAACAUUAUGAGAUUUUUUUGUGUGUGUGUGUGAUUACGUGUUAUAGUAUAUUUAAUGUGUGGACCAAGACAACUCUGCUUCCAGUUUAGAUCAGAGACUCCAAAAGGUUGGACACCCCUGCUAUUCUGUCAAGUGCUGGCUGAAUGAGGAAUUGAGGCUCUCCAUGUUUUCCCUGCAGCCCUGACCAUUUUCAGCAGUGACAUUCCCUUUUCCAACCUCCCCCUGUCUGCACCAGAGAUGUUUCGUUAGACACAGUCCUUCUGAACAAAGUGAGAUUCUUCUCCUGAUUGCUUGAGACAGGCCAAUCGGCCAAAUCAGGUUGGGUAUAUGUCUACAUGGCCUUAUUAGAAUUGUUAUGGCUGAUUGCUUUUACUGAGAACAGGAUGAGUGUGCUGCAUUCUUGGUGAUGUUUGCAGUCUGAUCUUAUGAUAUGUUCCUAACAACACAAUCCAUCUGAAGUCACCAGGUGGCAGGCGUAGACAGUGUCUGAAAAUUGACCUCUUUCCCCUUGUUUCCUCCUCACUGCUGUCAGUAGAAUGACUUGGAUUAAUGCUGAAUCUCUAAAGCUCUUCUAAGUGUUUCUGAUUAUCCAUUUUCCACAUGGAGCAGCCCUCAGCAGCCCUUGUAAGUUACCUGGGACUUGAGCAUUAUUUUGACAUCAUUGCAUUUUCAUGGUAACUUAUCACUAGUCGUAAGUCACACUCAUUUUCCCAGUUACUGAAGAGAUACACAUAUACUUUUUAUGUUGUAUUGUAUACAAGGGAAAUUGUGUAGGUCGUGUUCAAGGGAGCAAUAACCAUGGGCACAGCUAUGUCCCCUAAGCAGAUACCAAGUGUCAGGUCAUUUGCAGGCACAGUUCAGUCUCCUAUUAAACUCUAAGAUCAUUGCAGCCCUUAGCUUUAAGUUUAUUCACAUGCUUGUCUAUAUUGUUGCUUGUAUUUUACAGUCUUUUAUUGACGUGUUUUUCAAGUGUGUCCUGGUGUGUCACUAAAUCCUACAGAAAGUUUGAAUU